AUGCGCGCCGCCUCGCCUCCUAGCCUCGCCUCACUUCGCUGCGCAGCCAUCGGGGCACCAUGCUGGGACGUCUCCUGGGCAGUCUCCGGCCGUUCCGCCGGCCCGGCUGCGCGUCCCAUCUGCCUCUCAGAGUGUCCGGGAGCAUUUGGGAAAGACCCCCAAUGGUAGCCUUGAACCGUGCUUCCAGCACAGAAAGCGGAGACCCCCCCAGGCCAGUUGGGCGAUACCCAAUUCCAAACAAGAAAGAUUUGCCCUAUGAUAUCGUGGAGCUCAUGGAGGAAGUAGAAGUAAAGACUGGAUUUUUGCCCAAUGUAUUUAAGACAAUGGCUCAUCGGCCAGCAGAAUUCAGAUCAUUCUUUGCUUACUACAAUGCCAUUAUGAACAAGGAGACGGGAAACCUAACCAAGGCUGACAAAGAGCUUAUCAUAGUGGCCACGAGUAUUGUUAACCGGUGUCCCUACUGUGUGGUUGCCCAUGGUGCCUUGCAUCGAAUAUACUCUAAGAAACCAACUCUAGCUGAUCAGGUCACAGUAAACUGGAGAAUGGCUGAACUAAGUGAUCGAGAGCUGGCUAUGCUGGAGUUUGCCCUUGCAGUCUGCCAUGCAGAGAACAUCUCCGAAGAGCACUUUCAGAAGCUAGAGGCACAUGGGUUUGACCGGGAAGAUGCUUGGGAUAUUGGCGCCAUUUCAGCCUUCUUUGCCAUGUCCAACCGCAUAGCUCACUUCAUAGAUCUACGCCCCAACCCGGAAUUCUACACCAUGGGAAGGAUACCAAGAGAAAAAGAGAAGACGGCAUCCUCUUAACAGGGCCUGCUGGCUUCCCCUGUCUUUGCAACAGCACAGACACCAAGGACACCUUUUUCUGAUUAUUGCCCACAGGGUAUGAGAUCAAACUGGCAGACAGAAGAGAAUGGGCUUUCUUCCCAUUGGGCAAAACCUUAAGGACUUCUUCCAGCUGAUAUUUCUUGAAAUUAGAUCCUUGAAAGACAUGGCAAGUUCAGGUGCUUGCUGGGUUGCGAUGAAACAGCUGAGUGAUAUAUUUGGAAGGAAGCUGCAGAACUUUUGUCAUACCUAUAAUUCAGUUUAACAGGGUCUGCUUAGGGUUUUGCAUAUGCCAGGGUUACGCCCAUCUUCAUAUGGGCUGGGGAAUUUGUCCCAGUGUCCUUGCAAGAGAGGUCUAUUCCCCACCCUCCUUUCUCUCAGCCGGUCUUGUUCCUUGAGAUAAUGGAACCAUAAUUCUGAUAAGGAGGUUGAGACAUCAAGAAAGUGUAGGUUGUCAAGGCCUCUUUGAAUCACUUUUUGUCACAGAGAUUAAUACUUGAUAAGAAACGUGCGCUUCGUAAUGUAAAAAUGGUGACAUCAGCAUCUUUUUUCCCAUCUGGGAAGCUGAUAAUGUACACGGCAGUUUCUGAUGCACAUACCUGGGGCCCCUUGUCAAAGACCAGUUUACACAGUGGAAAAAUAGGCGUCAUUUGGGAUCUGAACCAGCGCUCUCUGAGAGUCUGUCCAAUCACUUCUUUCUCCUGAAGAAUAUGUCUGCCUUUUAGUUACAGAGUAAUUUUUUUCUUUUAUUUCUUACUUAUUUUUUCUUUAUCUUCUUUUAUUUCUUGUAUGUUUUUCUUUUUUUCUUUUAUUGAUUUGUCUUUCCCCCUAACAGUGCAACGCUAAGCAGGGGUUACCUUCACUUUUGGAACAUUUGCCUUUUCCUCUGCCUCAAAUUGGAUUUAUGGAACUGUUUAAUUUACCAAUUAUGUUAACUGGGGGGUGUGCACUUACUGUUGUAUCCACCUAGACCUGAGAGGUACCUGCAAAGUAGGCUGGUAUCAGAUCCAAAAAUGUAUUUUAAUGAUUUAUUCACCUCCUUAAACUUGUUGCUGUUUUUCCCAUCUAAUAACAUCCCUAGAAGGGAGUACAACCUUAUUUAAUCCUGUUCCUUCUAUUGAUUGUCUAGAACAAUCUCUUAAUUUUAGCCUAGGACAGGUUGGAUACAAUGUGUGUUUGUUCAGAUAAGUCAGCAGGUGAAAGUAAUUGAGCUGUUUGUCUGCAGUAUCUAGUAAAAUGAGUCUGAUAUGAAGUGUGUGUGUAUACUAUAGCCUUUGAGAACAGAGGCCUUUUUUCAUCCUCCAGUAAUUAUUACAUGAUGACAAACACCAGAGGGACAGCCGUGCUAGACAGUAAAAACAAAAAGGAAUCUCAUGGCACAUUCAGAACUUGGGGAGGGGCAGGGGGAACGAGGACAUCCAAUCUGUGAACGUUUAUGCCACAAUAAAUUCAGAUGGCACAAGGUUAUGUUGUGGAGGUCUGGGGAAAUUACUACACAUGUUCGAUUGAUAGCUUGGUAAAGGUUCAGGCUAAUCUGAUAAUUGUUCAAAAGUAAUAAACUGUAGUAUCGGUGAACUCA